UUUAAUAAAUUUUUUAACAAGAAAAAACUUAUAUUAAUAUGAAAUAAGUCAAACAAGCAGCAGUAUCCUGAAAACCUUGACCUCCCUCUAAACCACAAUGACCAAAAACAACGCCCCUCACUCCUAGAUCAAAUAUAAAAUAGUUCACCCCAAAAAGAGCGAGACUAAUCGUUCAAAAUGUGAGAGACUAGAGGCUAUUAGCGUCUCAGUCAGCCUGAUUGUCUCCCAACAGAAAUCUAUCAACUAAAACAUAACAAAACAUCAACAUACUCCCCUUAUUGUUUGACAUAAAAAUAACAAAAUAGAAAUAGUAAAACAAUAUGGACUGAAAAUAGCAAAAAUAGAUAAAAUUCAAUUGAUGGAGCAGCUGAAUUCAUACUUCAAACGUCGUUUUCCAAACCCUAAUCACACAGUUCCUCCAUGGAGGCGGUUCAGAAGGGGGAGGGAUCAUCAUCACUUCAUCUUCUUCCUCCGUCACCUGAAUCCAGAGCUCUCCAUGCCAUAUCAAACAAAGUCUUCCACUCAAUCCCCGAAUCUGGUUCGCCCGUUUAAGAUCACCACCACAAGCUCUAAGUUUUUAUGUUCCUGGAUCUUCCGCCUUCCUCAUGAUUGGCCGAGUAUCUCGCGGCCGCCUUCUUCUGCUCAACCGGAAUCCUACCGCCGUGGAGAUCCAUCACCCCCGUUCGCCAAGCUGCCCUAGACGAUGCUAGGUCUUUCGCCGAUUCGCUAGAGAGACACGUACCCCUAAGCUGCGUGGAACACCCUACUAUGCUGUUCGCUCGUCCCUACGUUGUUCAUUCACCGCUGAAGACCUUGUUGCAUGCCUUGCCGAGACUCGCUUUGCUGAAGCUGAAUGGUCUCCUUCAAUCUUCAUGCUAGAGAUGCUGCCGGACCCAAAUCUACUUCGUAAGCUAGGGAAACCUAGCUACGACUUCUCCGGCUCUCCGACUCUUGUUUUUUAGAUGUUUAAUAGUUA